GCCCAAGCUGAAAGUGUCUGGGGAGAUCACGCAUUGUUGUCCGGAUGCUGCUCUCUCUUGGUGGCCAUCAUGUCUUUGACCUCUGCCUACGAGCAUAAAUUAGCAGAGAAGCUCACUAUUCUAAAUGAUCGAGGUCAGGGGGUUCUCAUCCGUAUGUAUAACAUCAAGAAGACUUGUUCAGACCCCAAAUCCAAGCCACCUUUCCUACUGGAAAAGUCCAUGGAAUCAUCUCUCAAGUAUAUCAACAAGAAAUUUCCCAACAUAGAUAUCCGAAACAGCACGCAACAUUUAGGACCAGUACAUCGGGAAAAAUCUGAGAUAAUUAGAUUCCUCACCAACUACUACCAGUCAUUUGUGGAUGUCAUGGAAUUUCGGGAUCAUGUAUAUGAACUUCUCAACACUAUUGAUGUCUGCCAGUGCCAUUUCGAUAUCAAUCUCAACUUUGACUUCACUCGAAGUUACCUGGACUUGAUUGUGACUUACACCUCAGUUGUUUUACUUCUGUCACGGAUUGAAGAUCGACGGGUACUCAUUGGCAUGUACAACUGUGCCCAUGAGAUGCUGCACGGGCAUAGUGACCCCAGUUUUGCUCGUCUGGGUCAGAUGGUCUUGGAGUAUGACCACCCUCUGAAAAAGCUGACAGAGGAGUUUUGUCCUCACACAAAGGCUGUGAGUGGGGCUCUCCUCUCUUUGUACUUCCUUUUUGUUCGAAGGAACCAGGGGGCAGAGCAGUGGCGUAGUGCUCAGCUUCUGAGUGUCAUCAGCACUCCCUCAGCCAUGAUUAACCCUGCUGGUUCAGACACAAUGGCCUGUGAGUACCUGUCCAUGGACGUGAUGGAGCGCUGGAUUAUCAUUGGGUUUCUUCUUUGCCAUGCUUGCCUCAACUCCAAUACCCAGUGUCAGAAGCUGUGGAAGCUGUGUCUGCAGGGCUCCCUGUACAUUACCCUCAUCCGGGAGGAUGUCCUGCAAGUGCACAAGGUCACCGAGGACCUGUUUAGUGGUUUGAAAGGGUAUGGCAAGCGAGUGGCUGACAUAAAGGAAAGCAAGGAAUAUGUAAUUGCAAACAGUGGCCAGUUACACUGUCAACGGCGACAAUUUCUGCGGAUGGCAGUGAAGGAGCUGGGAAGUGUGUUAACUGAUGAACCAGGACUACUGGGUCCCAAGGCCCUUUUGGCUUUCAUGGCCCUAUCCUUCAUUCGUGAUGAAGUUACCUGGCUGGUUCGCCACGCAGAAAAUGUCACCAAGACAAAGACGCCUGAGGACUAUGCUGACUCAAGCAUUGCGGAACUACUUUUCUUGUUGGAGGAGAUUAGAGCUCUUGUCCGAAGACACAUCAAAGUGAUACAGCAAUACCACCUUCAGUACUUGGCCAGAUUUGAUGCCCUUGUGCUCAGUGACAUCAUUCAGAACCUGUCAGUGUGUCCAGAGGAGGAGUCUAUCAUCAUGUCCUCGUUCGUCAGUACUCUCUCCUCUCUGAAUCUCAAACAAGUUGAUAAUGGAGAGAAAUUUGAAUUCUCUGGUUUGAGGCUGGACUGGUUCCGCCUACAGGCAUAUACCAGUGUGGCUAAGGCCCCCCUGCACCUGCAUGAAAACCCUGAUUUAGCCAAGGUGAUGAACCUCAUUGUCUUUCACUCUCAAAUGCUGGACUCAGUAGAGAAAAUGCUGGUGGAAACUUCUGACCUGUCUAUCUUCUGCUUUCACCUCCGUAUCUUUGAGAAGAUGUUUGCUAUGACCCUGGAGGAACCUACUAUGUUGCGCUAUGCUAUUGCCUUCCCCCUGAUUUGUGCUCAUUUUGUCCACUGCACUCAUGAGAUGUGCCCAGAGGAGUACCCUCAUCUGAAGAACCAUGGCCUUCACCACUGCAACUCCUUCCUGGAAGAGUUGGCCAAACAGACGAGCAACUGUGUCCUAGACAUCUGCGCUGAACAGCGAAACCUGAGUGAGCAGCUUCUACCUAAGCAUUGUGCCACUACCAUCAGCAAAGCCAAGAACAAGAAAACCAUGAAACAGAGGCAGAUUCCCAGAAAGGGAGAGCCAGAGAGGGACAAGCCAGGAGCUGAGAGUCACCGGAAGAACCGCAGCGUUGUCACCACCAUGGACAAGCUACACCUCAUCUUGACAGAAUUGGCACUGACAAUGAAUCACGUGCGCAGUUUUUCUGUGUUUGAACACACUGUCUUUCCUUCUGAGUAUCUCAGCAGCCACCUGGAGGCCAGACUCAACAGAGCCAUUGUGUGGUUGGCUGGCUACAAUGCUACUACCCAGGAGAUUGUAAGGCCUUCUGAGCUGUUGGCAGGAGUCAAAGCAUACAUCGGUUUUGUACAGUCACUGGCCCAGUUUUUGGGUGCAGAUGCUUCCAGGGUCAUCCGCAGUGCCCUCCUGCAGCAGACACAGCCACUGGACUCAUCUGGGGAGCAAACUAUCACCACUCUUUACACAAAUUGGUACCUGGAAAGUCUGCUUAGACAGGCGAGCAAUGGGGCCAUCAUCCUCGCCCCAGCCAUGCAGGCCUUCAUCAGCCUCCCCAGAGAGGGUGAGCAGAACUUCAGUGCAGAGGAGUUCUCUGAUAUCUCUGAGAUGCAGGCAUUGGCUGAACUCUUGGGACCCUAUGGCAUGAAGUUCCUGAGUGAAAACCUGAUGUGGCACGUGACCUCUCAGAUCGUGGAGCUGAAGAAGCUGGUGGUGGAAAACAUGGAUAUACUUGUUCAGAUCAGAUCCAACUUUAGCAAGCCAGACUUGAUGGCCUCUCUUCUGCCCCAGCUGAUGGGGGCUGAGAAUGUCCUGAAGCGCAUGACCAUCAUUGGAGUGAUCCUCAGUUUUAGGGCCAUGGCCCAAGAAGGACUUCGGGAGGUUUUCUCCUCCCACUGCCCAUUCCUUAUGGGUCCUAUUGAGGGCCUGAAGGAGUUUGUCACUCCAGACACAGACAUCAAGGUGACCCUGAGUGUCUUUGAGCUGGCAUCUGCUGCAGGGGUCAGCUGUGAAAUUGACCCAGCCCUGGUGGCUGCUGUUGCCAAUCUGAAAGCUGAUACUUUGUCCCCUGAGGAAGAAUAUAAGGUGGCCUGCCUGCUCUUGAUCUUUACUGCAGUUUCCCUCCCACUCCUUGCCACAGAUCCUGCUUCCUUCUAUAACAUUGAGAAGGGUGGUUACAACAAUAAUAUCCACUGCUUGACCAAAGCCAUCAUCCAGGUGUCUGCUGCCCUCUUCACAGUCUACAACAAGAACAUUGAGACUCACCUCAAGGAAUUUCUGGUGGUGGCCUCUGUCAGCCUCCUGCACCUGGGCCAGGAGACUGACAAGCUGAAAACCAGAAAUCGGGAGUCCAUUUCCCUGCUCAUGCGCUUGGUGGUGGAGGAGUCAUCCUUCCUGACCCUGGACAUGCUGGAGUCCUGUUUCCCUUAUGUCCUGCUUCGAAAUGCCUAUCGGGAGGUUUCCCGCACCUUCCACCUGAACCGGGUGCCUGCCAGUACACACUGAAGGCUCUUUGGGCCUACCGAAACCCAUGCCAUAGUGGGAGCUGUGGCCAUUUUCUCAAGGGUCAGUAGGGGAGGCUCAGGAGCCAGAGCUGAUGAACAGGCAAACAGAAACAAUCCAGGGCCGAGAAAUCAUAGAGAAGUGGGGCAGCCUGGGGGGGAAGUUUACGGGAAAAAAUGAGGGUGCUGGGGCCACAUAUAUGAAUUUUUACCAUGAAAAAUAAGUGGUCUACAAGUAUGUUUUCUAUCUGCUGGUGACUAGAGCUUGAAAUUUGACUGGCAUGGGUCUCUCCGACCUUCAUCACUAUUCUAAGGUGAUGCUGGAGGGGCAGAGAUGAUCAAUCAUCAUAUUAAACCAUAAUGAGCUUAUAAUCCUCCCACUGGAGCUGCUAUUGUCUCCUGCACAUUCAUUAGGACGAUUAUUUCCUCUCUUCCUUUUCCAAAUGCAUUCAGCAAACAUUCAGCCUGCUUCCACUGCAGAGUAGUAGCAAAGAAACUCCCCUUUUCCUUCAUGGGGGCUCUUUUAGGAGUCACUGAGUCUCUUCCUCUGCCUCUAGCUCAAUUGCCUUUCCUACCAGGGCAAUGAGGAAGUGCUUUUUAGAGAUUUUCACUGCCCCCAACUCCCUGCACCUGUUCUACUGCACAUUGUGGGUAAUGAGCAAGUUCUCUCAACUGUUUAACUUUAGCCCUGCAGGCUUUUUCUUGGAUAUCUCCACAACCCAGAGCAAAGGGUCAGUCUAGAUCAGUUCUAGGUUAUAGGACAACUCAUUGGCCCAGAGUCAUGUGGGUUUCCCUUCCCAUACCAUUUCGGGGUACUUUCCCUCCUACCAAGGAGCCCUGGUGGUGUAGUGGUUAAGCAUUUGGCUGCUAACUGAAAGGUCAGUGGUUUGAACCCACCAGCUGCUACACUGGAGAAAGAUGUGGCAGUCUGCUUCCGUAAAGGUGACAGCCUUGGAAACCCUAUGGGGCAGUUCUACUCUGUCCUGCAGGGUCACUAUGAGUCAUAUUCGACUUGAUGGCAGUGGGUUUGUUUUCCUCCUACCAGGAGGGACUCGUUUAACCCCAGAACACCUUGCCAGGCUGGGUACAGCUGUUGCUCCAGGCAGGGAUUUCUCUUCUAGAUCUUAAAUUUCACAGACCUCAUUAGAUAGUAGGGCCCUGAGAUUGGGUAUCCUUGAGGGAGUACAAGCUGUUUCAACUUAGCCCUUUUCUGCACUAAUUAGAAUUUCAAGUGUCGCAAAGCCCGGGGCGUUCAAGAUAGCACUAAACUAGGUUUGGUUAACUCCAUGGCAGGAAACAGCGGCCCCCAUCCAUCACUUCUGUGUACCCACUACUAGGGAGAACUGGAGCAACAGAUCGUAAUGUCAAAGGCCUAGAGUGGCUGAAAUGGGCAAAUAUAAUUAACUAGUUGCUUAAUUAGGGUCAUGUUCAUGCUUCUGUGCUGAAAAGGAAGCGAUUAUUGGUUUUCAGCAAAACCAUCUGGCCUUCAUUAAAUCUAUUUGAUAGCUGUUUUUGAAUUUUGUAGGUGUGUUUGAUCUUUAUUUCUCUUGUAUCUCAUUAGAGACCCAGGCUUAGUCAAUACUUUAACUUGGCACUCAUAGUCAACUCACAAAUUUUUUCUUAGCAACAAUUGUCUGCUCUUUAGGAUAGAUAGAACAGAGGAUCCUGCUUCAUGCAUUAGCUAAUUGUCCUUCCUUGCUAUGGGAAGGGUAUUACUUUCUAAGGAGUGAUUCAGGGUCUAAUCUGUUGUUGUUGUGUGCUGUGGAGUAGAUUCUGAUUUAGUAGAACUGUCCCAUAGGGUUUCCUAGGCUGAAAUCUUUUUUUUAUUUUUUAUUGUGCUUUAAGUGAAAGUUUACAGCUCAAGUUAGUUUCUCAUAUAAAAGUUUAUACACACACUGUUAUGUGACCCUAGUUGCUCUCUCAGUAAUGUGACAGCGCACUUCUCCUUUUUACCCUGGAUUUCCCGUGUCCAUUCAACCAGCUCCUGUCCUUUUCUGUCUUCUCAUCUCGCUUCUGGACAGGAGCUGCCUAGGCUGAAAUCUUUAUGGGAGCAGAUUGCCAGGUCUUUUCUCCCACGGAGCAGCUGUUGGGACCUUUUGGUUAGCAGCUGAGUGCUUAACCAUUGCACCACCAGGGCUCCUUAGGGUCAAGCCUACUGAGACUGUGGUAGCUGGUGAGGAGGAGAAGAUUUGGAAGUAUCUGAACAACUACCCUUCGACCCUUCUGUCUCUGCUGGGUUCUUCAGCUUGAAGGGAUAGAGAUCCAUUUCCUUCUGCAUCAAGUGCUUAAGAGGAAUCUCCCGAGAACGGCAAGACAAGUUGCUGCAGGAGGAUAGAGUAAACAUAAUAUAUUUUAUCUUUUUUUUUUUUAAUUGAAAUUUUUAUUGGAAUAACUGAUUCCCAUGCACUUGGAAGGAACAAUACAGGGAAAUCCCAUGUACCCUUUACCAGUUUCCUCCAUUGGUAACACCUUGCAAAAAUCACAGCCAGGAUAUUUACAUUGAUACAAUCCAUUGAUCUUAUUCAGAUUUGCCCAGUUUUUCUUUUACUUGUUUCACUGUGUGUAUUUAGUUCUACACAACUUUAUUGUUUGUAUAGGUUUGUGUAUCUGCCACCAUAGUCAAGAUCCAGAACAACGCCAUCACCACAA